AUGGUGCCAGAGGGUGGUGAUGUGGCCGACGUUGACCGCGCCAAGAUGGCGAGAAAGCAUCAUCAACAAACGCUCGAGAAGAACAACGCAGUCUCCACUUCCACUGAGGGGCCAAGUACCGGCCGCCGCGGCAACGCCGCGACGUCGAAAGCACAGAAUCCAUCGACUUCGCGCGUAGGUGCCCGAUCAUCAACGACAAGCCGGCCCGAAGACGGCGGUCGUCCCUCGGGCCGCAGGGCCGCCGCCGCCGUCCCGGGGUCCAAGGUGACCCCAGGCUCCCCAUCAGCCUCCGUCCGGCCUGGGCAAGCGCCGACGCCAGCACCACAGGCCAGCCUGGACCGGACCCCAGUCUCUCCCACGCAGAGCCUCAAAAGGUACAGCUCGGGUGAGCACAGUCCGCCUAGGCGCUCCAAGGCCCGUCCCUCUCACUCGGCCACGGCCUCGGCCUCGGCCCCGGCCGCCCCUGAUGACGUAUCGAGACCCAAGUCGACCAGGACUCUGUGGAACCCCGACACCAGUCAGCCCAACCCGAGCCCCAGGGCAGGUGCAGGGGGGGCCAGAGGAGGGCGAGGGACAGGAGGAGGCACGGCUACCCACGCCCAGGGUCCCAAGGGCAAGGCACAUCAGUCCAAUGCAUCGACCAACAAGACGGCUCGCCCGGCUUCCUCCUCUGGCAAUCCACCUCCCCAGCACCCACAGGACGAUGCUCGCGGCACCCCCGCCAGCAAGAAGAAAGACGACGCGCUCACCAUCAUCAAACAGCCCGAGACACGGCCCAUCAGCCAGGAGCAACUUGUCGCCGAAGUCAAGGGCAUUUACGCCGGCCUCGUCAUGGUGGAGAGCAAGUGUAUCGAAGUCGACAACUUGCAGAACACAAAAGAAGGCACCGUCCCCCUCAAUGACGAACAAUGGCAGGCCCUCAUCGCCCUGCAUCGAACCUUGCUCCACGAACACCACGACUUCUUUCUGGCCAGCCAGCACCCUUCGGCGAACAACGCCCUGCGGGCCUUGGCCGAACGCUACGCCAUGCCCGCCAGGAUGUGGCGGCACGGCAUCCACUCCUUUCUCGAGCUGCUGCGGCACCGUCUACCAGACUCGCUCGAACACAUGCUGUCGUUCAUCUAUCUGGCGUACAGCAUGAUGGCUCUCCUGUACGAGACUGUCCCCAAGUUUGAGGACACGUGGAUCGAGUGUCUCGGCGACCUGGGACGGUACCGCAUGGCCAUCGAGGACGACAGCAUGGCCGACAGGGAGGUCUGGACUGCCGUCAGCCGUCACUGGUACAGCAAGGCAUCCGACAAGUCGCCGACGACCGGCCGGCUGUACCAUCAUCUUGCCAUUCUUUCUCGGCCCAACGUUCUGCGCCAGCUGUUUUACUACUCCAAGUCCUUGGUCGUUCCGACCCCCUUUGUGAGCGCUCGCGAGUCCAUCUUGACGCUCUUCGACCCUGUUCUGUCCGAACAGUCUGGCCAGUCCGGCAAGCCUGGCCGCCUGCAUGAGCUUGAUAUGCAUUUCGUCUGCCUCCACGCUGUCCUUUUCAAAGGCACAGAGCAGGAGAGGUUCCAGCCCGCCUUCGACAGCUUCAUCGGCGGUCUCGAUAUCCAGAUCGCGAGGUAUUCCCGCCGCUGGCUGGAGCCAGGUUACUACAUCGGCAUCUCGAACACAUGCGCUCUGCUCAACUACGGCGACCCCUCCAGCACGCUUCUGCGUGCCAUGGAGGGCGAUCCGUCGGCGGACUACCCGAUGGAGGCGCCUGAGGAUGACGAUCGCUUUGAGAAGGCUCUCCAGCUGAACUACCGAACCCAUCGAGUGGUGUGGCGCCGGUUCGGUGACCCUAGCAUCCUUGCCUACCUUCACACAACCCUCGUUCCGAUCUAUCAUCUCAUACGUUCGCGGAACACCAUUGGCAGGCUGGAGGCCAGCAUUCCGUGGAAGCUCCUGUCAGUUCAGCUCAAUACUAUUAUUGCAGCGUCUGGCAACACCAUACGUUUUGAGGACCAUGAAUUCCCAGGGCCGAUCAAGGGCGAGCCGCCUCGUCCGCUACCUGAAGACUUCGCCAUGCGUGGUAUGAUUUGGACCAAUACAUACUUCCCAACGAAAUGGUUCUCCAACGAUAAAAUCGACGAUGACGAAAAGUACUUUGAGGUUGCGUCCAUGACGGAGGAGAGACGCAUCCGGAUAUUGUGGAUUGGCUGCCAGAUUGCGCGGCGCGAGCGAUGGCUGCACUAUGAUUUCGAGACGCAUCAAUUUGCGGUAUCGCCCGAGUAUGACGAGAACAUCGAUGAGCUUCCUGCCGCUGCUGAACAGGUCGCCCCGGCGGAGAACGACGAGGCCAUGACGGAGGAGCAGACAGCCACCGACGAGCAAGACGUGACGGGGAAAGCCAUGGAUCUGAUGGACGUUGACGAACAGACUGUGUCACAGCCGUGA